CUCAAGUCCUGAAUUACUUUGGAGAACCUGAUCCUGAGACCUCAGCACAAUGUCUUACCAACAGCAGCAGUGCAAGCAGCCCUGCCAGCCUCCUCCUGUGUGCCCACCCCCUAAGUGCCCAGAGCCUUGUCCUCCCCCUAAGUGCCCAGAGUCUUGUCCUCCUCCACAGUACCCAGAACCUUGUCCUCCUCCACAGUGCCCAGAACUUUGUCCUCCUCCACAGUGCCCUGAGCCUUGUUCUCCCCCAAAGUGCCCAGAGCCAUGCCUCCCUCAGCCAUGCCAGCAGAAAUGUCCUCCUGUGCAACACCUUCCACCCUGCCAGCAAAAGUGCCCACCCAAGAGCAAGUGACUGCUUCCACAGUCACCAUGACCAGGAGAAGAGAAGGGAAUCCAUCUCAACCUCUUUCAUAGCAACAGCUCUAUCUUCCAUUCAAAGUUCAUCAUGGAUGCGAAAGAAUCUUAUCUACCCUUCACCUUCUUUGUGCCUGCUAAUAACUCUAAAAUGGAGGACAUUUCCAUCAGGCUGUUUUCCUGUUGUUCAAGGGGCUGCUGAGAAUGGUCCUUCCUCCGUGGUUCAGUAUCUCAGUGUUCAGAGAGAAGACAGUAGAUGUACCUUCAGUGCUCUCAGAGUAUGAUUUCCAAAUCUCUCUGUCACUUUAGUAGAAUAAU